AUGAACAUGUCGAUCAUGCGAAGGCCUAGGGGUCGUCCUCGAGGCUCAAAGAACAAGCCCAAAUCAGCAUUGCUCAUGACCAGGGACACCCCUAAUGUUAUCGAAAGUCACAUCAUCGAGAUACCAGGCGGAACCAACAUCACAAAGAGCUUGAUCCAGUUCGCGAGAAGGAAAGAACGAGGCUAUUGUGUUCUGAGCGCCACCGGGAACAUCAGGAACGCGACACUGCAGCAGUCGUUGAUCCCUGACACGGUGAUGACGGUGGAAGGUGAGAUGCAGAUACUGUCGUUGAGCGGUUCAUUUUUGGCCGGAGCUACACCACCUGAUUUAUCUGUUCAUCUGGCGGGUGGUAAGGGACAAGUUGUGGGGGGCAAAGUGGUGGGUCCAUUGGUGGCAUCAGGAACAGUUAUCGUAAUUUUGGGUGCGUUUUGUAGUGCUGCAUUUGAGAGAUUACCCAUUGAGGGUGAAGAAGAGGUUUCCUCUUCCAAUCCACUGUAUCACGCAUGA